AUGGAGGAUUCGGGCAUCCAGAGAGGCAUCUGGGAUGGAGAUGCCAAAGCUGUCCAACAAUGUCUGACAGAUAUUUUUACCAGCGUUUACACCACCUGCGACAUCCCUGAGAAUGCUAUAUUCGGUCCCUGCAUCCUGAGCCAUACUUCCCUGUACGACAGCAUAGCUUUCAUAGCUCUCAAGUCCACCGACAAGAGAACGGUCCCUUAUAUCUUCCGGGUAGACACCUCAGCGGCGAAUGGUUCCUCAGAAGGUCUGAUGUGGCUGCGUUUGGUCCAAUCAGCCAGAGAUAAAGAAGAGCAGAACCUUGAAGCCUACAUAAAAAACGGACAGCUGUUUUACCGCUCUCUCCGCAGGAUUGCCAAAGAUGAGGAGUUACUUGUUUGGUACGGGAAAGAACUGACUGAGUUACUCUUGCUCUGCCCCUCUAGAUCCCACAGCAAAAUGAAUGCAGGGUCGUCCCCUUACACAUGCCUGGAAUGCAGCCAACGUUUCCAGUUUGAGUUUCCCUAUGUGGCGCAUCUGCGCUUCCGCUGCCCCAAGAGACUUCACAGCGUUGAUGUGAGCCCCCGAGAGGAGCAAGGCAGCGGCGUGGGCACCAAGGAUCACGGGGGCGGCGGCGGCGGCAAGGACCAGCAGCCGCCGCAGCCACAGGAGACACCCUUGGGUCCCAGCCCCAAGUUCUGCAAAGCCGGCCCGGUCCACCAUUACCCGGCCCCCUCCUCCGAGGGCGGUAACCCGCCUGCGGCUGGCGGCGGCGGCAGCGGCAGCAGCAGCAGCGCGAAGCCGUCCACGGACUUUCACAACCUGGCGCGGGAGCUGGAGAACUCCGGGGGGGCUAGCAGCUGCUCCCCAGUGCGGAGCCUCAGCGGCGGCAGCGACCACCAGGAGGCGGAGCUGAGUCCCGACGGCAAUGCCGCGGGCGUGGGCAAAGGGAAGAGGAAAUUCCCGGAGGAGGCGGCGGAGGGCGGCGGCGGCGGCGCCGGGCUGGUGGGGGGCCGGGGCCGCUUCGCCGAGCGGCCCCCGCCCGCCUCCAAGGAGGACCUGGUGUGCACGCCCCAACAGUACCGCGCCUCGGGCAGCUACUUCGGCCUGGAAGAGAACAGCCGCCUCUUCGCGCCGCCCAGCCCGGAGACAGGCGAGGCGAAGCGCAGCGCCUUCGUGGAGGUGAAGAAGGCUGCCCGAGCGGCCGGUGUGCAGGAGGAGGCGGCCGCCGACGGCGGGAGCACGGCCGCCGAGGAGCAGGACGCGGGCGGCGGCGGCUCCGCCACGCCCGUGGCCGCGUCGCCGGCCGGCUCCGAGAAGCUGCUGGCCCCGCGGCCCGGGGGAGCGCUGCCCGGCCGGCUGGAGGGCGGCAGCCCGGCGCGGGGCAGCGCCUUCACCUCUGUGCAGCAGCUGGGCGCGGGCGGCAACGGCGCAGGGGGCGGUGCAGGCGCUGCGGCCGCGGGCGGGGCGGGCGGCGGCGGCCAGGGCGCCGCGUCGGACGAGCGCAAAAGCGCCUUCUCGCAGCCGGCGCGCUCCUUCUCUCAGCUGUCCCCGCUGGUGCUGGGCCAGAAGCUGAGCGCGCUCGAGCCCUGCCACCCCGGAGACGGUGUGGGCCCCACCAGACUGUACCCCGCCGCCUCCGAUCCUCUGGCCGUGAAGCUCCAAGGAGCUGCGGACCUGAACGGAGGUUGCGGGUCCCUGCCGAGCGGCGGUGGCGGCGGCGGCGGCGGGCUGCCCAAACAGAGCCCCUUCCUCUACGCCACCGCCUUCUGGCCCAAGAGCUCCGCCGCCGCGGCGGCCGCGGCGGCUGCGGCCGCGGGGCCCCUGCAGUUGCAGCUGCCCUCGGCGCUCACGCUGCUGCCGCCCUCCUUCACCUCUCUGUGUCUGCCCGCGCAGAACUGGUGCGCCAAGUGCAAUGCCUCCUUCCGCAUGACCUCCGACCUGGUGUACCACAUGAGGUCGCAUCACAAAAAGGAGUACGCCAUGGAGCCCUUGGUGAAGCGAAGACGGGAGGAGAAACUCAAGUGCCCCAUUUGCAACGAGUCCUUCAGGGAGCGCCACCACCUCUCCAGGCACAUGACCUCGCAUAAUUGACACGGAAGGGACUCCAGCUUUACACGCGCGCACACGCACAGUCGAGCCCUGCAGGAGCAAACACACGAGGACAUGCACCACCUCCUUGUGACCUGAAACAUCGCACCCAGACACACACACACACACACACACUCACACACGUGCUCUGCCCCCAACCUUUACAUCCACGUGUUUACCCGUGACCUACACUACACACACACACACAAACACACACACGAGACAAGAUGGUGGAUUUUUUAUUGGGUGGGGUGUUUAAGAGGUUUUCUUUUGAAUGCACGUAUUUUCACUUUCCCCAAAA